AUGAGCGAGGAACUUACAAAUGAGAUCGAAGCCAUUAAUUCCAUCUAUGGCGAUAGCACCCUAGAGCCAUCGGAGGGUGAACCCGAUGUCUACAUUCUGCAUCUACCAACUCACACCGUCUCUGUCCGACUCCAUUUCCCAUCCGACUACCCGAAUGUGCCGCCGCAGGUACUCGGUACUCAAGACUCCGGCACUGGGACCCGGAGGGGUGAGGCUACACAUGUAAAACAGCUUGUGCAAGAUACAUUAGGCACGACCUUCCGGCCGGGAGAAGUAUGUCUAUUUGACUUGCUAGAGGAGCUGCGUGCCUUUGUCGACAGUGCAGUAGAGGGACAGUCUGAGCAUGACGUUGGAGAGGAAGAGGACAUCACCGAAAAGCCGCCCUGGAUUCUCUCUGAAGUGUUUACGGAAAAGAAAUCCGUCUUCCUUGCUCGAUGCGCGCCUGUGGAGACUCCGGCUCAAGCUCGACAAUACAUACAACAUUUGCUCGCAACCGACAAAAAAGUUGCAAAAGCAACGCAUAAUAUUAGUGCCUGGAGGAUCAAAACGACAAGUGACAUUAUUUACCAAGAUUUUGAUGAUGAUGGAGAGACGGCUGCGGGCGGACGUGUUCUACAUUUGAUGCAGCUCAUGGAUCUUUGGAAUGUCAUGGUCGUAGUGACGAGAUGGUAUGGAGGCAUCCAUCUUGGUCCCGAUCGAUUUCGUCUCAUCAAUUCUGCCGCCCGCGAUGCUUUUGUUCGUGGUGAUUAUGUAAAAGACCAGACCUCAAGCGGUAAGAAGAAGGCGAGGAAAUGA